CUCUAGGAGCGCCAUUUUCGGAAUUAGCUUAUGUAUGGGCUCAAGUCAGGAUUGUUGUAUUUUAUCAAGAAUGAAUGAAUUCAACAGCUCUUGAAUAUCAUGGCCACAGGAUUAAUGGACAGGAAGCAUCGCCACGUGCAGGCAUGGCUUGAUAGAUUGUUUGUUGGCUCUGAUGUACCACAAUAUGAAAUCAACGAAAGGACCAUAGAUAUCCUCUAUGAUUUGAUGGAGAGAAAUGAAAGCAGAGACAAAGAAGCUGAAGCAUUGAUUGAAGAUUUGAAUCAGAAAGCUGAGGAAUAUAAUGUUGAAGCUGUUCGUCAUGCUAACAUUCUACACAGUGUUGGAAUAUCCGUUGGCAAUUUAUCUAAAUCUGGUUCGGUCAGCUUAGCAACGUUAGCGAGUGCUGCAAACAUGCUUGAAUUAAAAGAUGCUUCAAUGAGUAGUUAUUUACUUGGUUUGACACGACUAUCAGAUGAAAUAGCAUUGACAUCUGAGACUAGAGAGGAGGAGCAGAGUACAAUUGAUGAGUUAUUCAGCAAAACUCAAAAUGCUUGGAUAAAAUCAAGUUACUUGAAAAAACAUUUGCACUCACUUGAGAAGCAAAAAGAACAAAAAGAUGCUGAGUUGAAGCGAAAAUCUCAAAAUGCAGGAUUUCUGCAUGAUAAAGUUCAACAAUAUAAAGACAGACUCCAUCAUUUACAGGGUGAGCUAAAUAAGAGUGGAGUAGAUGCAUCAAUUUACCAUCAUACUUUAGUGAAAAGAGCCGAGGAACUGAAAAAGCUGAAAGACCAAGUAGCUCCGCUCCGAAUAAAAUUAGACACCUAUCAUAAACUUCCUGCAGACCCUUCACUGGCUGAGGUCAAAGUUGAGGAAGCCAAAAGAGAAUUGGAUGACUUGGAAAAGGAAAUUGGUUCACACAUAAAUCAGAUGGAACUCUAAUUUGUUUGAUACUUUGUUUUGCAAUGUACAAUUUUCAAAUAGUAAUUUGAUUUGUCAGAACAAGUUCUGUAUAUUGAAGAAAAACAUGGAACAAUAAUGAAUAUCCCAUGGAUUGAUCAAUUGCUCUAAGGGUCAAUAGUCACAGAAAGCAAUGAAUGUUUCAUCAAUUGACCAAUGACUGAGUGUGAUAGAGAAAGUUCUUGAUCAUCAAAGAAGUUUCACUCAUUGGUCAGCUGUCAGAACCUAGUGAUUUUAUUUUAAUCCAAUAUGAUCGGAAGAAUACCUCUUUAUACCAUGGGCAUUGAAAAACAUUUUUAGCUUAAUGUAAAUUUCAAACAGUAGUUAACAGUAGUAGUAGUAGUUAGUCAGGAUCCACUCGACUCAUGCCAAAAUUUUGCCCUAAUUCAUUGAUCUGUUAUUUGACCCAGAGACUAUAUGCAUAUGUAUGUGUCUGAUGCUAUUUGCUGUUAUGGUAUUUAUUAUUGUGCACAUGGAAGGAUUCAAAGAACAGUUAUUUUUCACUUUGAUGUAGGAUUGUAAAAACUGGGUACAGCAGCACAAAUAUGCAUCACUGACAACAUUCUACAUUCAUUUUGUUCAUUACUUCAUCAUCUGGCCAUAUUUUUCUUGACAAGCUGGCGAAACCAUUUAUGAAUCAGUAAAUUUUUUUGUAAAUUCACUGCUGAGGGCGUAAUGUCAGUUCGUGUCAAGCGUUCAGACAGCAAAUUUUGCCACAUGCCAAUUUAGGGUUGUAACUCUUAAUUGAGUUUUUUUUUUUCGACUCUGCGUUGACUCUGUUCUAAUCGGCCACACAUACUUUUCCCCACAUGCCUAAAGCCUGGAUUGAGUCAACAUGUUACUGAUCUGUAACAUGAACACCACUAACGAUGAACAAUUGUUUGGUUUGAAAUAGUAAAUAAAGACAAUCUGUUUGAUUCUGAUUUGCAAAUAUUAUGGGGGGAAAAAGUGUUGCUUAAUAAUACAACAGUUCUUUUGGAUGUUCACUCC